CUUCACUGGAGAAUGCUAUGCAAAUAGUCAGCCUGGAGCCAGCAGUCUGCCAGAAGUUAAGGACCGACUCUUUGACCUCCUCCCCCUCUACGUGCAGAGCGAUAUUCCUCCCCUGACUGAUCAGCAUGACAAAGCAUUGGCCGGGGCAGAGUCUCUUGGCACCGAUCGCUUCAUCCCACCUAGGAGAACUUCUCGACCAUCAACUUGACUUCCACAGAAAUGAGCAGCAGAGUUUUCCUCCCAGCGGCGUAGCGCCGUGGAGCUCACCAGUCCAACACUGGUCUUACCUCUCGAAUCCGAUGCCUCCCCAGCAGCUGCCGCGCACGGAGGAACCAACGGAGCGCCCCGGACACCUCACCGGCGCCACGGGAUUCAUGGAUAAAGAGGAAGCGCCUCGAUCUUUAAACCCGAGUGAUCAAGAUGGACAGUUUAAGCAGGAUGAAACGCAGGACAUGUGGAAAAGUGAACGGGAGAAAAGAAAUGCCGGCAAUGGGAAGAAAAAGAACUACCAGAGGUACCCCAAACCUCCGUAUUCCUAUCUUGCAAUGAUCGCUAUGGUCAUCCAGAGGUCUCCAGAGAAGAAGCUGACGUUAGCGGAGAUCCUCAAGGAGAUCAGUACCCUCUUUCCAUUUUUCAAAGGAAACUACAAAGGCUGGCGAGAUUCUGUGCGACACAACCUUUCCUCAUAUGACUGCUUUGUUAAGGUAUUGAAAGACCCAGGUAAGCCACAGGGCAAAGGCAAUUUCUGGGCAGUGGAGCUGAGCCGCAUUCCUCUGGAGCUUCUCAAGAGGCAGAACACGGCCGUGUCCCGCCAGGAUGAAACAAUCUUUGCUCAGGAUCUGGCUCCUUACAUCAUGCAGGGACACAAGCCUGAGUCUGAGGCGCCCCCUGAACCUGUGACCUCGCUCCCUCCCACAUCUUCUGGAAACUCUUUCCCACCGCAGGAUGACUUGUACAGACCUAAGCUGGAUUCGUCCUUCGCGAUCGACUCCCUGCUACACAGCCUGAGGCCAAUCAGUGCCUCUGGGGAUUUAGAUAUGGCUUCAGGGGACUGCUGGGGUGAGGUGACUCGGGCUCGGCCUUCACCGGCUCCGCAACAUCGUUACACCUCUUCUGCUCGGAGUGCCUCUGCCAGCUCUGCAAGCCCAGCCUCCACGUCCUCCUCUUCCUCGUCUUCAUCUGAUGAAGAGUGGAAAGGAGUAACUGGGAAGCGUGUUCCUCCUGAUGUGGAAGCAGGGGCAGAUAUUUGCAGGCCACCACUGCAGAAAUCAGCCAGACGGGAAACUGUACCACCUCCAUGGGAGCUGCCUACCUCCUACGCUAAAUAUGCACCCCCUAAUGUCGUUGCCCCACCUAGCAUGCGUUUCAACGGGGCUCCUCUGAUGCCCCUGCACAGCGGGCUACCCAUCUACGGCUAUGGUAGCUCUCCCAUGACACCAAGUCACUUCUUGGGCCAUACAUACUGGCCCAUCCUCCCCACUAGACAAGUUUCAGUGAGAGCCCCUCCUUUACUCAUGGACCUGGACAACAUGUUGCAAUCUGUGCCUCCAAAUAAGAGUGUGUUUGAUGUGCUGGUACCAGCUAGUCAAAACUCUCACCCACACUAUCAGCAGCCCGGUCAGUACUCUUUGCAGAACGGGGCUCCUCUCAACCGGUACCAUCAAUACUGAGUAUUACUGUCACCCAAACAGGAUACCAAACCACAAUGACAAACAACUGGAUGCACACCAAGAUCCAUAAAGGAACUAUAUUUUGUUUGCCACUUCCACAAACUCAAGAAAUACUACAAUAAAUGUAAAAAAAACAAAACUCGCUGAGCUGUAGACAAUGUUAUCGAUUGACUCAGAGUUUUAUCAGGAGGAGAUGAAAGUGUUUUUAUGUUGCAAUUUUAAAAAAAAAAGAAACAGUGUAUAGAGUAUUACAUGGGUUCACUGAAAGAGAACCUUUUAUAAUAACUGUACAACAAAACAAGUAUCUACCUCAGUCUUUCAGUGAAACUGUGUAAAGUCAUUGCACUGCACCUAUAGUUUGCACUGUUUCUUUAUUUGCAUAAACAAACUUCUUUUUUUUAACCUUUAUUAUCAUUUUUUGAAUGUUUUCUACCUAUUCUGACUACUGAAUGUAUUACACAUACAAAGCCACAAAGAACUGGACUACAAGGCCUAUGCGGUAAAUAUGAGCUAAAGACUGACACUGUAGAGUUAGUAAAUGAAGACAUUGCAUCUUUGUCUUUAUGGUGCGACAGUGCACAGAUCAGUGCCUACAUCUAAAUGAUCAUG